UGUGGCUGCGUCGGAGCUGCACAGGUUUCGGAGGGGAGUCACGACCGGACAGGCGCAUUCAACGCGACUCAGCAUCUGGCGCUUUAUUUGUACAUGCCGUAAAAGUGAGGAAACCUUCCGCUGGAUGAGGACAGAGACGAGGGAGAAACUACCUGCCUGUCACGCACCGGAGAUGAGGGAAAAGCCUGGGAAAUGACAAUAUCCAGCACAUUUGAUGGGGAGGGAAACGUGUCUGGGGUGUAAACACGGAGCAUCAAUCUCAGUUCCGGAGUGUUAUCUGCCACCACCAUGACGCCACAUCAGAACUCCCUCCUGGCUCACCUCUUCACGUCGCUCCUGCUCCUCCAGCUCCUCUUGCCCCUCUCCCUGUCAUUUCUGCACCCGCCUCACCACCAGCCCGUCCACAUACCAUCACUGGUGCCCCAUGCACCCCUGCCUCUCACCCGCUCUCGCUUCAGUGCUCAGACUCAGCUGGAUUUCUCCACCCACUGCAACUCCAGCUGCCUCCACAGAGGCGAGCAGGAGGCUGGCGGGGAACAGCUGACUGAGAAGCUGGCAUUUGAGACCCUGUACUCUGACGGCUCCCGCACGCUCACUACAGUGGAUGUGGAGGGUGACGAUGAGCUGGAAGGCACUGCAAUUCCCUUUGUUCAGCCUUCAUCAAAGAGAGGACCCAGAAUUAAGCUCAGACAUAAGCGUAUGAGACGGCAGAUCUACGGGGCUGAUGGGCGCUUCAACAUCCGGGGCGACCACUUCCUGUUGGACUACCCUUUCUCCACAGCAGUGCGGAUCUCCACAGGCUGCACCGGGGUCCUUGUGUCACAGCAGCAUGUCCUAACAGCUGCCCACUGUGUGCACGACGGAAAGGAUUAUGUCAAGGGGGCGCGUAAACUCAGGGUGGGCUUCCUGACCCCUCCUUCCUCCAUCAACGGCACCAAAACCGAUCACACCUCUGCCAAGAAGCCUCUGGUGCGCUGGGUCAGGGUUAAACGUACCCGGGUACCAAAGGGCUGGAUCCAGGGCCCCCAGGAGGUCAGCAUGGACUUUGAUUACGCCCUGCUGGAGCUGCGCUGGCCACACCGCCGCCCCUUCAUGCGUCUCUCUGUAGCCCCCUCCUCCGAGGAUCUGGCAGGGAAGCGGAUCCACUUCUCUGGAUUUGACAGUGACCGACCCGGGGAGCUGGUGUACCGGUUCUGUCCAGUGGAGGACGAGUCUAACGACCUGAUCUAUCAGCACUGUGACGCCCGGCCUGGGGCCAGUGGCUCCGGGGUGUACGGACGGGUAUGGGACAAUACGCUAGAGCGCUGGGAGAGGAAGGUCAUCGGCAUUUUCUCUGGACACCAGUGGCUCGAGAUUGAUGGGGAGAACCGGGAUUACAAUGUGGCCGUCCGUUUCACUCCACUUAAGUUUGCUCAGAUUUGUUACUGGGUGCAUGGCAACCAGCUAGACUGUAAUCAGGACUAAGAUGGAGACGAGUCGAUAAGUUGGGGUUAUAAUGAGGUGUUAAGUGGAAGGUAAAAGAAAACACAAAGUGACUCCAAGGAAACGUGGCACAAAUUGUCUUAUUACUUCUAAUAAAAGACAAGUAAAACAGGAUUUAAUCCAAGAUUAAUGUCCUUCAUGGGCAUACAAGUAAAACAGAUCUACUAAGCACAGGAAUGUCAUUUCAGAUCUGGUUCCCUCACUGAGAUCUUUCUCUGCUGUGUUUAAUUUGCUCCUUGCGACCUCUGGCUCUAUUAAACAAGGCUGCUUGUGAUAUCAUCGUCACGGCAUCUUUUAACGCGCUUUUCCUCACCGUCAGGUUAAUAAGAGUCAGUGUUUCCACUAUGUUAAAAUAAGCCACUUUUUACGAGGGGGGAAAGAUUAACACAAAUCCUGUCUUUACGUGUGUCAUGUCUCAGCAGCACUAGGUGGUUUUCCCACUGUGGAAUAUUGCAGGGGAUGGAGGACGUGUGCUUACAUCACCCUUAUGCUUCUCUGACUUUCUGUACUUGUUGGAUCAUAAUGUAUGUAAAGGGCCAGAGCAGAGGAAAUGGUUUAUUAUUCUUGUCUGCCCUCUGAAAAGCGUUUUGCCAGCUUCAGGAAAAUCUGCAUACUGACACACACCUGCAUCCAGGGAUGUCUGCAUAUGUUUUGUGAGGCCUCACCACUUCAGCGAACGAGGCUGCCAGCUUGAAUUAAUGACAACAGGUUAUGGACACCACUGGGCCUUUCCGAUCUAACGUUUCUUCACUCGACAUCAGCGUGGAGUCAAUAUGCUUUUCCCCCAGUGUGGGUUUGAGGGACGCACAAAGUGUUAAUAGUUCUAUUUUUGAAAAAUGCUUGAUAUAUUUUAAUAAACAGAGAU